AUAUUCGUUUAUUUUUUCAUUAUAUAGAUGUAGAAUAAUUUGACCAUAGUUUCAUCAUAUUUGGUUUGCCGGGGUAGAUUGGACCUAGAAAGUAGAAAAUGGAUAAUUGAACUGUGAACAACUUGUAGAGCUUGGGCUUAAGUACUAAGACUUGAAUAGAGGCAGAAGUCACAAUUCACAUAUUACUUAAUAUACAUUUUCAAAUAGAAGAAUUUUCAGGACAAACAAAUAUUCCAUAAUGGGAUAGCUAAAUUUGAGUCAUAUUAGGGUCUUCCCUUGUCAAAAUUGAAGGAAACUUUCCAUUUUUAUGCUCAUAUUUGAAAAUACAAAAUACUAGCCGUUUGUUAGAUUCUAAGGCUCACAUAUAUAUUUAUAUGUACUAUAUUUGUAAAUCAAAUCAUAUAGAUACGGAAAUCUUUCAUAGAUUUUUUUUCAAAAAGAUCUUGGCUAAUAGUAUUUAGCAUAGAUUGUUUGGAAGUAUGAUUGUCUCUGGUACUCGUUGUGCUGCUUGUAAGUAUUUGAGAAGAAGUUGCCCUUCAGAUUGUAUUUUCUCUCCCUAUUUCCCUUCUAAUAAUCCUCAAAGAUUUGCUUCUGUUCAUAGAAUUUUUGGUGCCAGCAAUGUUGGCAAAAUGCUUCAGAGGCUUCCAGUGGAAUUGCGAGCUGAAGCAGCAGAUGCCAUACAUUUUGAGGCAAAAUGUAGAAUGGAGUUUCCAGUGUAUGGGUGUGUGGGGAUUAUUUCUCAAUUACAACAACAAAUACAGAAUGUAGAGACUCAACUGGCCAUAACAAGAGCUGAGAUUGCCUUCAUUACUUCCAAUUCUGCUGAUAUUAAUGUUGUGCAAGAACAACCCCAUUUUCAAGAGGAAUAUUCCAACCUCAACCAUUUCAAUCAUAGCUUCAUACAACCACAAAAUGACAAUAUUAUUGGGCAGUAUGAUCAAAUGACCAACAACUCGAGCUCUAAUUGGAUGAAUUUCUAAGAAUUAUUGUACAUAAUUUUAAUCUAUGUACCCCAAUAAUAAUUAUGUCCAAUGUAUCAUGUAUUUCUCUUUUCUACCGUUGGAAUCAAAUAAAGUUUUUUUUUCUUUAA